AUGAUCCCGAAGUGUCCGAUCUGCUCCUCGCAUCUAAACCACGAGGACAUCGACAGCCGACCCGUCCUCCUGAAAGCCUGCGGCCACGUCCUCUGCUUUCCCUGCUUUCACAGCAUCACCAAAAUUCCCCCGUUCUUGUGCCCCUUCCGCUGCGGGGCAAUGCCCGACCGCCCGGCUGCUCAGCACCGGCUGAACGUCAAGGACGGGAGGUUCGUGCACAUAUCCUUGAAGAAGGCCGAGCCUCUGCAGGAUACGAACGCUGCGAUCGAGAAGAGGAAGGCCGAGCUGGUCAGGGCUCGCAUGAGGGCUCAGCGCAAGUGCAAGCAGCUCAAGACGGACAUCACCACUCAUACGUCCCUCAUACGCAAUCAAGAGCGUGUCGCAGCCCGCCGGGCCAAGCACGUCGUACAGGAGGCCGCGAAGGCGGAGCGUCUGCGCGCGGAAGUCGCGCAGAAGCAGAACGCGCUCUACAAGCUUCAUUCCCGCCUAAGCGACCUCGAAGGGCGCAUCCCCGUCGCAGCCGUCCCUUAUCAGUCGCAUGGCACGACGCGGUGA